CUUUCCCUAAGGCAGGAAACAAAGAAAGGAGAAAUGGGAAACUUCCUCUACUUCUCUGCUGAAACAUGGACCCUUCUUGUUGCUUUUAUCACACUGCUGCUUGUGUAUGCUUACUGGCCUUAUGGGACGUUUAAGAGAUUAGGAAUUCCUGGUCCUAAACCAGUUCCCUUUUUUGGCACAAUGCUGGCUUACAGAAAGGGAUUUUUCAACUUUGAUGAAGAAUGUCGUAAGAAAUAUGGGAAAACAUGGGGCAUUUACGACGGCCGUCAGCCAGUGCUGUGCAUCACAGAUCCUGCCACCAUCAAAGCUGUUCUGGUUAAGGAGUGUUACUCUCUCUUCACCAACCGCAGAAAUUUCCGUCUAAAUGGGCCAUUGUACGAUGCUGUUUCAAUUGCUGAAGAUGAUCAGUGGAAAAGGAUCCGCAGCGUUCUGUCUCCUUCCUUCACCUCAGGAAGGCUCAAAGAGAUGUUUGACAUCAUGAAGCACCAUUCUGCUAACCUGAUCCAAAGCAUGAAGAAGAAGGUGGACAAGGAUGAACCAUUAGAGAUGAAAGAGUACUUUGGUCCGUACAGCAUGGAUGUGGUCACCAGCACAGCCUUCAGUGUGGACAUCGACUCACUGAACAACCCCUCAGACCCUUUUGUCACUAACAUCAAAAAGAUGCUCAAGUUUGAUUUUCUGAACCCUCUCUUCCUUGCUGUUGCUUUCUUUCCAUUCCUUGGUCCCAUUCUGGAAAAGUUUGAGUUUUCCUUGUUCCCUUCAUCCGUAAUGGACUUCUUUUUUGCUGCCCUCCGGAAAAUUAAGGCUAACCAUGAGAACAACAAGCAAAAGAGUCGAAUCGACUUCCUGCAGCUGAUGAUCGACUCCCAGAAGAACAACCAGAAUGGCCUGCAGGAUAAAGGUUUAAGCGAUCAUGAGAUCCUUUCCCAGGCCAUGAUAUUCAUCUUUGCUGGCUAUGAAACUACCAGCAGUUCUCUGACAUUCUUGGCUUACAAUCUGGCAACAAAUCCAGAGGUCAUGAAGAAACUGCAGAAGGAGAUAGAUGCCACCUUCCCUAACAAGGCCCCCGUUCAGUACGUUCCACUGAUGGAGAUGGAGUACCUGGACUGCGUCGUCAAUGAAUCUCUUCGACUGUACCCCAUUGCAGCACGUCUGGAGCGCGUGGCCAAGGCAACUGUAGAGGUUAAUGGGCUGGUGAUUCCAAAAGAUAUGGUUGUCAUGGUCCCCACAUGGCCGUUACACAGGGACCCUGAACUGUGGCCUGAACCUGAGAAAUUUAAACCUGAGAGAUUCAGCAAGGAGAACAAAGACACUUUUGACCCCUACACAUACAUGCCAUUUGGGGCAGGACCAAGAAACUGCAUUGGGAUGAGAUUUGCUCUGGUGAUGAUGAAACUUGCGGUGGUGGAGAUCCUCCAGACAUAUGAUUUCUCUGUGUGCAAGGAAACAGAGGUUCCCUUUGAGAUGGAUGUCCAGGGUUUCCUUGCACCAAAACGACCUAUCCAACUGAAGCUCACGCCUCGCUCUGCAUCUUCUAGUUAGUUGAAAGAGAAAUUCUCAUUUACACUGGUUUUUACAGAGUAUUGUGUAUAACCCUUCAAUUGCCUGCUCAACCAAGUUGAGCACAUUCUGAUGAAAUGUGUUUUAUAAAACACUGACUGUAUGCAUUUCCAGCCAAGGCAACAGGAAAUAGAAGAAAAAAACAUGUUUUAAUUAAUUGUUUUUGUCUUGGUUGGGUUGUUAAACAGACAAAACAUCAAACUACUUUCUUUGAACAACUCAAAAUUCUGAGCUGGCUGACAAGGAAAUUCUUACAAAAAAUGUCAGCGAAUUUCUCAUUUUACGAACUUCAACCAGAUGUCAUGAUGAGAAGUAAAACCUUCCAGCUGACAAGUUGAUCAACAAAAAACAAAAACAAAAAAAUGGUUUUCAAUUUUAAUUUUAAUUUCAAAUUUUUGUAACAUGCAACACAAGUACAAACUAUUUUUGCAAAAGUUUGACAUUUGUAUUUAGGUUGUGAUCCAGACUACAUUUUAAAAACUGCUAAUACAAUGUGUGUUGUAGAUCUUAACAUCCUGUAAAUGAAUGUGUGUACUUGCUAUCACACAACUGUGCAUGAGAAACUAAAAAGUGAUCAAACAGGGAACCAUUAUAUCUGCAGACUGUACAAAUUUACAUCGACAAUGUGGACCCGAAGAUCUCAAACAUGUCAAACGCUCCAGAAUCAAUGUUUUUCUUAAGUUAAAGGGAGAAGCCUUUGGUUUCUUUAUGUCCUCUCUCUUCAACAAGUGUUUUGACACGAAGUAAAGUAUCUCAAACUCU